CCCCCCCCCCAACCUUUGCCCUGUCCCCAGUGUCCCCAGCGUGCGGGGACCAUGGCGGUGACCUGGGCGCUGGGUCCCCUGGGCGCGGUGGCCGUUGUCACCCUGGUCCUGACCCUGCUGCUGCGGUGGCUUUGGGAUGUCACCGUCACUGUCACCCGCUUCUGGGCCACUUGUCACCAGCUGCGCCGCUUCCCCCGGCCACCCUGGCGCAACUGGCUGCUGGGGCACACUGGCAUGGCCCAGGUGACAGAGGAGGGCCUGCAGCAGGUGGCCGCGCUGGUGGCCCGGUACCGGGACGGGUGCCUGUGGUGGCUGUCACCCUGGAUCCCCAUCCUGCGCCUCUUCCACCCCGACACCCUGCGCCCCAUCCUCAUGGCCUCAGCCUUCGUGGCCCCCAAGGACCAGAAGUUCUACGGCUUCCUCAGGCCCUGGCUGGGGGACGGGCUGUUGCUGAGCGAGGGGCGCAAGUGGCAGCGUCACCGGCGCCUGUUGUCCCCGGCCUUCCACGGGGACGUCCUGCGGGGACACAUGGACGCGUUCAACCGCUGCACCCGCCGCCUGCACGCGCAGUGGCGGGCAGCGGCGCAGGCAGCGGCGCAGGCAGGGACACCGGCAGGGACACCAGCAGGGACACCGGCAGGGACACCGGCAGGGACACCGGCAGUGGCACAGGAGGUGCUGGGCCAGCUCAGCCUCCUGACCCUGGACACGCUGCAGAGCUGCAUCUUCGGCCAGCAGAACCACUGCCCGCAGCAGCACGGCAAGUACAUCCAGGCCAUCAUGGAGCUGAGCACCUUGGUGGUGAGACGCCAGCAGCGCCUGCUCCACCACCCGACGUGGCUCUACCGCCUGUCGGGCGACGGGCGCCGCUUCGCCCGGGCCUGCGCCACCGUCCACGCCUUCACGGCCGCCGUGGUGCAGCGCCGGCGCCAGGACCUGCGGCGCAUGGGCCACCAGGCCUGGCCAGAGGGCCACCAGGGACGCCGGAUGGACUUCAUUGACCUGCUCCUGCUCGCUAAGGACGAGGACGGCAACUCCCUGUCAGACGAGGACAUCGCGGCCGAGGCCGACACCUUCAUGUUCGAGGGCCACGACACGACGGCCAGCGGGCUGGCCUGGCUGCUCUACAACCUGGCCCAUCACCCCCACUACCAAGAGCGAUGUCGCCAGGAGGUCCUGGAGCUCCUCCGGGGCAGGGACACCGAGGACAUCGAGUGGGAGGACUUGUCCCGCCUGCCCUUCACCACCAUGUGCAUCAAGGAGAGUCUGCGCCUGCACCCGCCCGUCACCGCCGUGUCACGACGCUGUGCCCGGGACAUCACGCUGCGCGACGGGCGCGUUGUCCCCAAGGGGGUCACCUGCCUGAUGAGCAUCUACGGGACCCACCACAACCCGGACAUCUGGCCCGAGCCCGAGGUCUUCAACCCGCUGCGGUUCAGCCCGGAGAACAGCAAGGGACGGUCCCCGUUGGCCUUCGUCCCCUUCUCCGCCGGUCCCAGGGACUGCAUCGGGCAGAGCUUCGCCAUGGCCGAGAUGAAGGUGGUGGCAGCGCUGACGGUGGCGCGGUUCCGGAUCCGGCCCGAGCCGGCGCGGCCGGCGCGGCGCAAGCCCGAGCUGAUCCUGCGCGCACAGGACGGGCUGUGGCUGCGCGUGGAGCCGCUGCCCGCGGGGGCCUGAGGGACACGGGGACACACGUGGGGACACACGUGGCGACACACGUGGGGACACCCUGCCCGGGUCAGUGGGGAGUAAAGGGUGACAUGUCACCACUCA